AUGAAUGAUAAAAAUAUUGUACUAAUGUGCUUGACUUAUUUUCAGUUGAGUUCAUCAGUGCAUUUGAAAUAAAAUAUAGAAAUUCAUAAUGUUUUAUGAUUUUAUACACUAAAACUCUUUAAUACAUACUUUCAAGUUUAAUGUUUUAAUAGUAUUAGUGAUGAUUAAUAGAGAUAGGAGUUCUAAAAAUAUAACUAAAUUUGAAAGCAAUAGAAAUUGGAUAGAAUCUCGAGAAUGUAUAUCGAGAUAAUAGAAAUAUUGGAUUUUUAGAGAUACUAGUAGAUUAGUAGAAAAUAUGGAGAAAAUAGUGUAUGAUUGAAAUCAUGAGAAGGUUUUAAUUUCCAGAAUUUCUAUAGAACAAUUAAGAGAAUGAAAGAUGUUUAUUGAGGAAUGAUAGACAUUUCAAUUUGAGGUGUAUGAUGUUCCUAGAAGGUUAUCAAUAGAAAAUUGAUAAAAUGAUGAAUAAGAAAUCGAGAUUAUGGGAUAAGAAUAUUUGA